AUGAGUGGCAGCCUAAUAAAAUAUUCUGGACAUAAUUACUUUCGUCAACGGCUUAUUCUUUCCUUGUUGAGUGGGAAAACCGUUAAAAUAGACAAGAUUCGUUCAGAUGAUGAUAAUCCUGGUUUAAGAGAUUAUGAAGUAAGUUUUCUGCGAUUGCUAGAAAAGGUGACUAACGGAUCGAUCAUUGAAAUAAGUUAUACAGGAACGAGUGUCUUGUAUAAACCUGGAAUAAUCACUGGUGGAAAAGUAUUUCAUGAAUGUCAUAUCACUCGCGGAAUUGGCUACUACUUAGAACCGAUGAUUGCAUUGGCUCCGUUUUCCAAAAAUCCAUUUAACGUGACGCUAACUGGAAUAACCAACGAGAAUACUGAUGUUGAUUUGAUAAGAACGGUUAUACUGCUGCAACUGAAAAGAUUUGGAAUCGAAGAAGGAUUAGAAUUGAAAAUUUCAAAGAGAGGGUCUCCUCCACUUGGCGGUGGCGAGGUUAAUUUUCAAUGUCCAAUAGUGCGAUCUCUGAAGCCAUUGCAAUUUAUUGACGAAGGACGAAUAAAACGUAUUCGUGGUAUUGCAUGUUCGACAAGAGUCUCUCCGCAGAACGCCAAUAGAUUAGUUGAAUCUGCAAGAUCAGUCUUAAAUAGAUAUAUACCGGAUGUGUAUAUAUAUACUGAUGUAUAUAAAGGGGAAGAAUCCGGAAAAUCUCCUGGUUUUGCACUAUCUCUAGUUGCGGAAUCAACAACAGGAGCACUUGUGUCCUCUGAAACUGCAGCUAACCCAGGAGAUACGCCUGAAGAUAUCGGGAAGCGUACAGCCCAGUUACUGCUUUCCGAAAUACGGAAAGGCGGUUGUGUUGAUUCCGUUAGUCAAUGGUUGGUCUUGUUACUAAUGGUUCUUGGACCAGAAGAUGUCUCAAAAGUGAAGAUUGGCAAAUUGAGCGCAUUCUCGUAA